AUGGUGAUGGGCAGCAGCUCGGGUGAAGAAUCCGAUUUGAGCGAAUUGGAGAUCAACGAAUACAAAGAGAAACCUUAUGAGGAAUUGAGGAGUGGAAGAUACAAAGUAAAGGGUCCAAAUGGGACCCUUAGGUGCCCUUUCUGCGCUGGAAAGAAGAAACAUGAUUACAAGUCCAAGGGUCUUUAUGCUCAUGCUUCAGGAGUAGGUAAAGAUUCCUUCAACAGAAAGCCACAACGGCAGCGUGUGGUUGCAUCAGCUCCAGCAGAGCAAAACUCUGAGUACAAUGAUCUUUAUGUGUGGCCUUGGACAGGGAUUUUUGUCAAUAUAGUAAAUGAGCCAAAGAAUUGGGAAGCUGUGGGUAGCGAAGGAUACUGGUUGGCUAAGUUUUCGAAAUAUAAGCCUUCAGGAAUUGAGAUUUUCUUGGAUGAUCAGGGGCUAGUUGCACAAGCUGUAGUCAAAUUUGAUAAUGAUUGGACUGGUUUCAAGAACGCUAUGGAAUUUGAAAAGUUUUUUGAAACUGAGCACCACAGUAAGAAGGAGUGGAAUGUUGAGGAAAGUCAUCAUAAUUCAAACAUCUAUGGCUGGAUUGCUCGUGAGGAUGACUAUAAUUCAGAAGGGCCAGUGGGAGAUUAUCUUCGUAGAAAAGGAGUUUUGAAAACAAUCCCCAACCUUGUCCAGGAAGCAACACAGCACAAAAACUAUAUUGUGGCCAACCGAGCAAAUGAAAUUGACAUGAAAACCGAAAAUUUGGAUGAGUUACAGAUUAAGUACAAUGAGAAAUUUUGUCUCUUAGUAGGAUGCUUCGAGCGAAAGACAUACUACACAGUGCUUUCUGCGAAG